GACAUUUGACAGUUUGGACUGAAAUGCUAGCAUGUGGCACUGUACUUUUAAAAUAUACGUGAAACAGUAUGCAGUGUACAAUGCUAAACGUUUCAGACAGUAGUAUGCUGUUUCACUAUGCAUCACUAUGUUGUAUGUUCAAUCCAUUGAGGUCGUCUCAUAAAUAAAUAUGCUGCUUAUGCUGCAUUUUUUGACCGUACUGCACAUUUGAUGAAAUCUAGGAGGUCGUGCAGGUUGUUUGUGAAAAUAGAAAAUUCACAAACUGCAGAAAUAGUAUGAGAGUAGUUUGCUAUUGCAAACGUAGUCACUGAUGUGUCCAGAUCUCAACACACACACUGUGUCUGUUAUCUAUCUGCUAGCUGUGUUGGGAUUUCUCUGUGCACACAUUUGCCUUAGUCUGCCUUAACUCUGACAAACCUUUAUCACCUUAUGCAGCAGAUAGGCCAUGUCAGAGGUCAAACUGCAGCAUGAGCCCCGUUAAAGAUGACAAGAAGCCCAAAUAUUGAGGAUGAAUCAUAAUGUAACUUCAGAUCUCUUCUGCUCAACAAGGCUGCAUCAAAAAUACAGUAAUAUUGUGAAAUAUUACUUUUUCAAAUACCUGUUUUCUAUUUGGAUCUAUUUUGAGGUCUAAUUUAUUUCUGUGAUUCAAAGCUGAAUUUUGAGCAUCAUUACUCCAGUCUUCAGUGUCACAUGAUCCUUCAGAAAUCAUACUAAAUGCUUCGAAAACAUGUUCAUCUCUUCACACUGUAUUCACAUUUUAUGUUUGUUUUUUGCACACGGGAGAAUACAGUAAAAAACAAGAAAAAGAAGAAAGAGAAGAAAGCAAAGAAGAGCCAGAAAGAGAAGAAGAAAGCUAAGAAAGAGAAAAAAGACGAGGAAGAUGCAUCUUGUGACAGCUCUGAAAGAGACGAAUGGAUGACCUUUGACUUCCUGGCGGAGAGACGAGCGCAGAAAGAAGCAGAAAAAGAGGCAGAGAGGCAGAAAGCGCAGUCUAUCGAAGAGGCUGGUCUUCACAGGUUAGAGCUGAACCCUUACUGGAAGGAUGGAGGAAGUGGUCUGCCUCCGGAGGACACCUCUGCUGGAGUGGUGAAUGAUGGAGGGGUGAGCUGGCUCAGGAAGUCAUAUCAGAGGAUGAAAGAGCAGGCCGACAGAGAACAGUGCAGUCUGGAGAGCAUGGUGGUGGAGAGAUACAGGUCCAUGGAAGAGUUCCAGAAGAGACUGCGAGAGGCAGAAGAGGCUGCGUAUGGAGAGAGGAGUGAGAGGAUAGGAGACCGGGAGAGAUGGAGGAGAGAUGACAGAGAAGAAGGGAGGGAGAGAUGGAGAAGAGGAGACCGGGAGGAGAGGUGGAGAGACGGAUCUCCACACGCUGAGAGAGAGAGAGAGAGAGAGAGUCCCAGAGACACAAGCACUUCCUCUCUGUCCAGCCUCAAGUUCUUCAAACCCUCAGAACCUGAUGAGGAUAUGAGUGGAGGGGCUGGGUUCAGGAGGGCGGGGCCGAAAGCCUCUGCGUCCAAUCAGAGUGCAGGAUUUCAAGAAAAACCUGUUGAUGAUGAUGAUGGUGGUGUUGUAGCUGCUGGAGGAAGUGCAGUGCUUUCUGAGAGUGAGGAAGAGGAGGAGGAAGAGGUGAUCCUGACAGAUGAAGAGAUGAAUAAAACUGGGAGCCAAAACUCGUCAAGGCAGAACUCAUGGGAAAGCUCGGCCCUGGAGGAAAAGUCUAAAGGCUCAGAUGGAAGCGGUCCGUCGAGCUCAAAGAAAAGACCAAAGAAAGACCAGAACAAACAGGUUUCUGCACCAACAGACUCAGAAAAGGAAGUGGUUCUGUUCAGGGACCGACCCAUUGGGGACGAGCCUGGCCAGUUAAAGCCCUGUCCCAACCACAGGAGCCUAGAGGAGGAAGGAGGAAGCAGAAAGCGUCCAUGGAAGAGUUCCAGAAGAGACUGCGAGAGGCAGAAGAGGCUGCGUAUGGAGAGAGGAGUGAGAGGAGAGGGACCGGGAAGAGAUGGAGGAGAGAUGACAGAGAAGAAGGGAGGGAGAGAUGGAGAAGAGGAGACCGGGAGGAGAGGUGGAGAGACGGAUUCUCCACACGCUGAGAGAAAGAAGAGAGACGAGAGAGAGUCCCAGAGGACACACAGCACUUCCUCUCUGUCCAGCCUCAAGUUCUUCAAACCCUCAGAACCUGAUGAGGAUAUGAGUGGAGGGGCGGGGUUCAGGAGGGCGGGGCCGAAAGCCUCUGCGUCCAAUCAGAGUGCAGGAUUCAAGAAACCUGUUGAUGAUGAUGAUGGUGGUGUUGUAGCUGCCUGGAGGAAGUGCAGUGCUGUGCAGGAUCCAAAGGAGAUGCCAACCCCACAGAAACACACAGAAAAGAGCGCCGCCCUGCUGGAAGACAGCAAAACAACAACAAAAGUGAGCAUUUCUGAGAGUGAGGAAGAGGAGGAGGAAGAGGUGAUCCUGACAGAUGAAGAGAUGAAUAAACUGGGAGCCAAACUCGUCAAGGCAGAACUCAUGGGAAGCUCGGCCCUGGAGGAAAAGCUAAAGGCUCAGAUGGAAGCGGUCCGUCGAGCUCAAAGAAAAGACCAGAACAAACAGGUUUCUGCACCAACAGACUCAGAAAAGGAAGUGGUUCUGUUCAGGACCGACCCAUUGGGACGAGCCUGGCCAGUUAAAGCCCUGUCCCAACCACAGGAGCCUAGAGGAGGAAGGAGGAAGCAGAAAGCGGUGUACUUGUGUCUGCCGAACAGCGUGUCUCUGACCGAAGGUCACUGUUUGAUCGUCCCCAUCCAGCAUCACACAGCGGCCACGGGUCUGGACGAGGACAUCUGGAGCGAAAUACAGGUACAAACAUUACAAACACAUGCGCUCAUCUAUAUAUACGCAUCCAUUUGUGCUUCAGACAUGAAUAAUGCAUAAGCAACCACCCCAAACGCCUUAGCAACUCCCUAGCAACCAUCUAGAACAUCAAUAAAGCACAAAUAAAAGACAGUCAGGAUGUGCUUUCUGCCAUCUUGGUCUCCAACCCACCCUCAGUAUUUAAGUAAUUAAAUGAAUAUAAACAUUUGAUUAGUCGACUAAUAGAUUGAAUGAAUGACCACUAAUGCGCACUCUCUCUC